AUGGUCGAAUUAGAACAUAUCCCGGUGUUGCGACUGACGCCGGGCGAGAUGGAGGACCCCAUUGGGUUUUUAUCGCAGCCAAAUGUGCGUCGGUUAGGUCAUCUUUAUGGGAUGGUCAAGCUGGUUCCUCCACAGCAGUUUAAACCGCCGUUGUCGAUCGAUGAGACCAAAUUCAAAUUCCGGGCAAGACUGCAGCAUCUGAACGAGCUCAAUAUAUCCAACCGUGGCCGUCUCUUCCUGAUGAAGCAGCUGAAUAAUUUCCACAUGAAAGGGAAACGCAAACUGUGCGUCGAGUUUACAAAACCUUACACAGAAUCCCACAGUGGCCGGAUCUACUUUUACGACCUCUUCAUCGCCGUAAUGCGUCAGUUCAACGCUGGCGUCAGCAAGGCGAACGAAACUAUCGGCGGCUCUCAAAUGUCGUUUUCUGGCCGCAAAAGACCCAGGUCUCGUCGAGCCGACGAGACCAAUACGACGACGUCAAAGAGCACAUCCAAAAUCAUUCUGGCGCCCUUGGCCGAAAUUCACAAUCAUCCCACUCUCUGGAAAGACGUCUCCAAAACGCUGGGGAUUCCAGCAGACGAGCUAAGUGAUACUUUCCACACGUUCCUGGCGCCCUACUACGAUUUUCUUCAAAGGCAAAUGGGGCCCUACGGCGACCACGCCUCUAUGCUGUCGAAACUGAUAUACACUGAAAUCUACCCUAAAUCGUUGUUGAACGACUCUGACGAUAGUGCAGAUGAUGGUGAUGACGACGACGAAGAGGAGGAGGAAGAGGGCUGUAUCAUCUGUCAUCGGAACUCUCACCGCUCCAAAACCAUUUUAUGCGAUUCAUGCGAUAAACCCUUCCAUAUUUUCUGCUUGGAUCCUCCGCUCAACAACGUUCCCAAGGGGAAGUGGGCUUGCAACAACUGCAUCUUUGGCAACGGGUUUUACGGUUUCAAAGAGGAGAACAAAUUCUACACCAGGCAAAGUUUUCAAAACCAUUGUCGUGAGUUCGACUUGCAGCGAUGGCCUAAUGGUGGCAAACUCGAUAAUUUGAACGUUCUAGAGGCCAUGUUUUGGGAUAAAGUUAAUGAGAUCGAUAAAACUUCCUCUAUUCGCUACGGGGCAGACAUUCACAAUGUGGGCCCGGGGCAAGUGACAGGUUUUCCCACUGCUGAAUUUGUACCGCCCGAGGUUCAACAAGAUCAGUGUGCGCGAGAAAAAUACUCAGACUACGUUCAGCAUCCAAUGAAUCUGGUGAAUCUUCCCGCUGCAAAAGGUUCACUGCUCUCAGUCUUCGGCAAAAAAAUAUCCGGCAUGACUGUCCCAUGGAUCUACAUUGGAUCUACGUUUUCCACUUUCUGCUGGCAUUUGGAGGAUCAAUACACACUAAGCGCUAAUUACCAGCACGAAGGUGAUCCAAAAAUUUGGUACAGUGUGCCUGAAAGCUCUCGUGAGAAAUUUGACGAACUAAUGAAAAGCAUCGCCCCGGAUCUGUUCCAAAAACAGCCUGAUUUGCUUCAUCAGCUGGUAACACUGAUAGCACCUUAUGAUAAACGAUUUCAAGAUGCAAAUAUUAGCUGUUAUAAAGCGGUGCAGUAUCCAGGCGAAUACAUUGUAACGUUUCCCAAGUGCUAUCACUCUGGAUUCAAUACCGGUUACAACUUCAAUGAGGCCGUCAAUUUCACGCUCGAUCUAUGGCUCCCGUACGGCGUAGAAGCCACGCAUGAUUACAUAGCCACUGGAAAAAAGUGCGUUUUCAACAUGUGGGAGCUGAUGCUUACCGUCUUACUCGAGUAUUUGGAGAAUCCAAGGAAGUUUGACGAGGUCAUGGUACGCAGGUGCCACUCUGAGCUUCUCGAAAUGUUCAACCGCGAGGUCAAGACGUUGGAUCAAUUGUCCGACGUAAUCCGGUUCCAAAACCAGGCUAAAGGGUUCACACGUCGCCACAUUGAUGACAAGCUGCGUCUCGAUAUAAAAGUAACGGUGACAUCGAACAGCAGUUAUGAUGACGAAUACGUGAGUGCGGAAACUGAUUCGGAUGCGGAAAGCGACGAUGGAGACGAUGACAUUUUCUGCUCGGCUUGCAAAACCAUAUGUCCUUUCGCGUUUGUGGCACAUUGCAAAUCGUCCCGCCUCUCAAAGCGGAGGCGGUUGCAGUCGAUGAAACCUGAGGAACUGAAUCUUUUGGCAGAAAACGGCGACAUAGAUAUUUUGUGCGCUCAAGACUACUUUCGACUUGUCGAGCAGAUCGAUGAGGACGAACAUGGUGACAACAGUUCUGAUCAGCGGUUUGAACACGAUGAACUAUAUUUCAUUCGACAGCCUGACGAAAUACGAGACAUUCUGAAGCGAGCACAAAACAAGAUAGAUAGCAUGCUCCGGUGA